GCCAUUAAUAACGUGUCAUAUGUUUUAACGUAUGAUUUUGUUCAGCGAUUUUAAUGUUAGGCUUUUUUAAUUGUUUUUUAUUGUAAUUGAAAUCACAGUUUAGUUAUAAUUUAUAAAUAUUACACACAAUUAACGUAUGAUGUGUUCAACGCUUGAGUUGUCGUCCAUUAUUGCCAAACAAUUACCAAAUAUUGAUCAACACUUAACCAAUUAUAUCGUCGGUGUCCUGACGUGCGAUACGUUUGAUUCGGUGGACGAGAUAACGGAUGCGAUCGGCGAAGUACUCAAAUCGUGUUGCGUUGACUACGAGACCGACGCCGGAAACGAUGACCAAAUUGAGUCCCUUUGCGGACAACUCUUCGACGCCAUUAAUAUAAAUGUGAGCCAAACGAAUGGCUCCGAUUCGUCUAAACAGCGUCUCUUAGCGCCCGUCCAUUUGGGUUCAAUGGUGUCCCGAUUGGACGACUCGGCGACCGAUUGGAAGUCCAUCUGGACUCAGGGCCGCGAAAAGGAGACUCAAGUGGACAGCAAGAAGUUGGCCAAAGCUGAGGCCAAAAUCAAGCAAAAGAUUGAUAAAAGAGACGGCAAUACGGAUGCCUUCAAACCGAUCAUUCAAAUGGUGAAAGAGGCCACUGCGAAUCAACAAAUGUCCAAAAAGGACGUGAAGUCUGAGGCGAGGGGUAGUAAUAAAACCAAAGACAUUAAGAUUGACAACUUUGAUGUGGCUUUCGGUGAUCACGUUCUCCUCAAAUCAGCUCAACUCACACUCGGCUAUGGCCGUCGCUAUGGUCUGUGCGGUCGCAACGGUAUCGGAAAGUCGACAUUACUUCACAUGAUAUCGAACCGAUCGCUUGUGAUUCCCGGACACAUCUCUAUACUACACGUGGAACAGGAAGUGAUCGGAGACGACACACUGGCCAUCGAUUCGGUGCUGGAGUGCGAUGUCGUGCGCAAUGGUUUGUUGAACGAAGAGAAACAGUUGUCAGCCCUUAACGACCCAACGCCUGAACAAACGGAACGCUUGAGUGAAGUGUAUCAACAUUUGUCGGCCAUUGAGUCGGAUAAGGCGCCGGCGAGGGCUUCCAUCAUACUGUCGGGUCUGGGAUUCACGACUGAUAUGCAGAGACAGGAGACCAAAGCGUUUUCCGGCGGAUGGAGAAUGAGAAUAGCGUUGGCUCGAGCCCUGUUCUCGCGGCCCGAUCUGCUACUACUCGACGAGCCGACCAACAUGUUGGACAUGAAAGCCAUCAUUUGGUUGGAACAGUACCUCAUCAACGAAUGGGAGUCAACGCUAUUAGUGGUGUCACACGACCGCACAUUCCUGGCCUCAGUGCCCACAGAUGUGCUUCACUUUCAUUCGCAACGUUUAGACAAUUAUAGAGGAAAUUACGAACAAUUUGUCAAAUCGAUGGGAGAAAAGCUGAAGAAUCAAAUUAGAGAAUAUGAGGCACAACAGGCCUAUAAACAACACGUCCAGGAGUUCAUCGAUAAGUUUAGAUACAACGCCAAAAGGGCUUCACUCGUUCAGAGCAAAAUCAAAGCGUUGGAACGGCUGGAAGAGGUGGAGGCCGUGGAGAAAGAACCCGACGUUAUAUUUAGAUUCCCAGAGCCGGAAGCACUGAUACCACCGAUCCUGCAGUUAGAUGAGGCCACCUUUGCCUACGAAAAAGGGAAAGUGAUUUUGAAUAAAAUCAGUUUAAACGCUAACCUCGAGUCCAGAAUAUGUAUUGUCGGCGACAACGGGUCCGGAAAGACAACACUAUUGAAGCUAUUGACUGGAGAUCUGGACCCCACAAGUGGUAUACGACACGCGCACAGGAAUCUGGCCAUUGGCUACUUCAGCCAACACCACGUCGACCAGUUGUCUAUGAAUUUGUCUCCAUUACAGUUCAUGGCCUCUAAAUAUCCCGGAAAGAAUGAGGAGUACUAUCGCAGAUAUUUAGGCAGUUUUGGUAUAACCGGUGAUCUGAGUCUACAGUCGAUGGCCUCGCUAUCCGGUGGCCAGAAAUCGAGAGUCGCUUUCGCUAUCAUGACUCUAACGAACCCACAUUUGCUAAUACUUGACGAACCGACCAAUCAUUUAGACGUGGAAACAGUGGAAGCGUUGGCCAAAUCGUUGAACACAUACAAAGGGGGUGUGAUUUUGGUGACACACGACCAGCAAAUGAUUGAAUUGGUUUGCAAAGAGCUCUGGUAUUGCAAUAACAAAUCGGUCUCUUGUCUGGAGGGAGGGUUCGCAGAGUACAGGCAUAUAAUUGAAGCCGAUUUGGCGAACAUUAGAUAAGCAAUUAGCCGACAAUCGGUUUAGCAUUUAUUAAUAAUUAUUAAGUUAUUUAAGAGUUAUUUCAAAAUAAUUCAAAGCAUGAAUAUAAUAAUAGUAUGGUUUAUGUGAUUCCUAUUCUCUAUCUUAACUCUUCUCUCUCUCUCUAUUUCCCGACU